GGAGAAGCUGGAAAGCGUUUGGGAGAAAAAAAUUUAAAAAUAAUAACUUUUUCAAAUAAGAUUUCAACAGGACUUUUAUUUCCCUCUACCUGGAUUUUACUGUCAAGGACCCUUCACUGUGUGUGUGAAAUCUUGUCAUCAUGUCCAUUCUUUCUACAGUUUUGAUUGCUUUGGGUAUCCUUUCACUAGCUUCUGCAGCAGUAGGGUCUGAAGCAAAUUCUCCCAUACCUAUAUCCUGUGCUACCCGCGGGGCUGACUUCACAGACGAGACAGCACUGGUGGAAUGCCCCUCGGACUGUCCUCUCUGGCAGUUCUCUGUGUUCGGGUCAGGAGUGUAUGCCUCAGUCUCCAGCAUUUGUGGAUCUGCUAUUCACAGAGGUGUGAUCAGCACAGCAGGUGGUCCAGUAAGAAUUCAGAAACUGUCUGGCCAGGAAAACUACCUCAGCUCCUAUGGAAAUGGCAUCAAAUCUCAGACUCUCUCCAGAUGGAUUUCAUCCUUCUCAGUGUCCAGUCCUCAGAGCAUCCCAAUGGAGGCCUCUGGUCAGCCAAAAGCAACUGCACUGCCAAAUUCAGCAAAGAAACCUGUUAAGAAAAGCUUGAAAAAAGCUAACAAUGGAAACAAAGACUGUAAAGUUGAUAUUGCGUUCCUGCUGGAUGGAAGCUACAACAUUGGACGACGCAGGUUCAACCUGCAGAAGAACUUCAUCAGCAAGCUAGCCCUGAUGCUGGGGAUAGGCUCUGAGGGACCACACUUAGGGAUUGUACAAGUCAGUGAAAACCCCAAAACCGAAUUCCACCUUAACAACUUCACGCACCCUAAAGAUGUUGUUUUUGCCAUUAAGGAGGUGGCUUUCAGAGGUGGAAACACAAAUACAGGGAAGGCUCUGCGCCACACUGCAGAGACGUUCUUUACCCCCGAGAACGGGGCUCGGAGGGGGUUGCCUCGUGUAGCUGUUAUGUUUGUGGAUGGCUGGCCCUCGGACGACAUAGAAGAGGCUGCCACAGUGGCCAGGGAGUCUGGCAUCAACGUGUUCCUUGUCUCUGUGGCAAAGCCGGCACUCGAGGAGCUGGGCAUGGUGCAAGACAGGGGGUUUGUGCAAAAGGCAGUUUGCAAAGACAAUGACUUGUUUUCUUACAAUAUGCCCAGCUGGUUCAGCACAAACAAGUUUGUGAAGCCUCUGGCACAGAGGCUGUGUGCUGAAGAGCAGAUGCUUUGCAGCAAGACCUGCUAUAACUCUGUCAACAUCGCCUUCCUGAUCGAUGGAUCCAGCAGUGUGGGGGACAGUAACUUUCGCCUGGUGCUUGACUUUAUUGCCAACAUUGUUGAUGCUUUCGAAAUCUCAGAUAUUGGGAGUAAAAUAGGGGCUGUCCAGUUUACAUACGACCAGAAAAAAGAGUUUGGAUUCCACGACUACACGACAAAAGAAGAUACUCUUGCCGCUGUCCGUGGUAUUCGCUACAUGAGUGGUGGGACAGCAACUGGGGAAGCCAUUUCAUACACAGUCGGUAACUUGUACAAUCCACUAAAAGGAGGAGGUGCCAACAGGAACUUCAUAGUUAUUAUUACUGACGGCCAGUCUUAUGAUGAAGUCCGAGGCCCUGCUGUUUCUGCACAGAAGGAAGGCAUUACUGUGUAUUCUGUUGGGGUGGCCUGGGCACCAAUGGAGGACCUCAAAGCUAUGGCCUCUGAACCCAAAGAGUUGCAUACCUUCUUCACCAGAGAGUUCACAGGAUUGCACCAGUUUGAGCAGCCCAUCAUUAAAGGCAUCUGCAGAGAUUUCACAGAGCCACACUAAGAACAAAGAAAAAAAAGGAGAUAUAGUUGCCUUAUUCAAAAGAGGAAACACCUGGAAGUGACACAAUGGCUUAGCUGGCUUGCAACACUAGCAUAAAUGCUUUGCCCAUGUAUGACGUGAAGUCUACCCUACAUAGCCUUACAUAAUUGAAUCAAAGCCCAAUAAUGCCUACACUGUAAAACGUACACCAAGCACUAAUUAUCUUUCCAUUUUAGUUCAAAACGGCACUAGUGUUGAAUGGAUACAGUAUAUAACUGUGUAAUGAAUCUCUUUGUGAGUUAUGAAGUUUGAAAUUAAAGCUAAACGCUUAUUGAUUGAAUGAAUCAAUCCUCUAUAAAACUUUUGAUAUGCACAGAAGAAAAAGUUAACUCCAAACUAAUAUAGAGAACUCUUCUUCCUUGUGGUAUGGUCAUUGUAUAAAUGGCACAGAAUGACUUGCAUGCUUGCUUUUGAUUUGGAAACAAAUUGGCUUGUGCUAUACCGAUUCAGUUGUACAAAAGGAAUUAUUGUAGAAAAUAUAAAGCAGACAUCAGAACCCGUAUAUAACCCUUUAUUACAAGACUGUUCACAAAAGGAUAAAGCAAGUAACUAUUUAAAUCUUUUUGCAUUGGUUUGUGGACUAUUACUGUUUGCAUGUCGACAUUCAUUAAACUUAUUCAGUAUUGUGUGAAAUAAAUGUAUUAUUUUCAACCUCUGUAGUGUUGUAUUUACAUGGAACAAUAAACAUUUAAAGCUAUCAUCUGAACUGGAUUUUUGUGUUUAAGAAUAACCAUACAAAAUCACAAAACUAAAUGCCAGCAACGGAUAACUACCGAAUACCAGAAGAGAAAAUAAGUUUUAAAAAAGGUAGAGAAAAGAAGAUUCGUCCAUGUAGCAUUGGAGGGCAGCAGGCACUAGCUAUGUUGAGACUAGAUCAUUGACUUCAAAAUAAUAUUUUCAUAGAAAUAUUCCAUUACAUAAUAUUGUUACGGGUAAACAAAAACGGCAUCUCGGUAAGCAGUGGAUUCUUUUAAUUAAAAAUAAUUUGUUGUACACAAAUAAAAGUAUCCAGUGAAAUAGCUCAGCACUCCACAUGCCAGUACCUUGAAAAAAAAAGCCGUUAAAACCUACAAUGAUACAAUUUACAUCACCUCCUUGUAACAACCUCCAUGUUAAGUUUGUUUUUCCAAGAAAUAUAUUUUCAGCCAAUCGGGCAUCAUUAAAACAUAAGCCUCCUGGAAUAUAGCUGUACCAGACUUUAUGCAGAUACCUGAAACUUGAUUGCUGAACAGUCCAUUAUGGCUUUGGACAAUGACAAUCAUGUAACUUGACCAAGAGAAUCAUAGAAUACAGUUAGGUACCACAUUUUAAUCAAUGACAUAAAAGCAACUUAUUUACAUCGUCCACAAGACAAAGAGUCAUAUGACUGCAAUAGGACAGAUUAUAGGAUUAUACAGUACUGUAUAACCAGGCAUUAGAAAUCUAUGGUGGAUGAGGUAUGGAUUUGUCAACCUAAUUCAUCUACACUAUAUUUAAGAAUAAUCUAAAAGCUUACGGCUGACAUCCUGUCUUGUAAAUGAUUAGGUACAUAUCGGAGAUCAAACUUAAAUAAUUCAAAGACAUUAUACAGGUACACCAUUUAAUAUUUAUUAUAGACAUUUUAUAUACAUUACUUUUCAACAGCUGUACUUUUGCUAUGUGGUACAGUCUUAAAAACUUGCCGAUUCAUAGUUUGUAAAACAAAAACCUUACAAAACUCAUCAAAACUCGCAAACUGAUCAGAAAUCUUUUUUUUGUGGAAGACUAGAAAAAAUACUUUAUUGUAUUAAUCAUGCAUUACACAAACAAAAAAAAAUCUGUUACACCAUAAACUUAUGCACAGUUCAAAAGAAUAAAAAUAAAAAUAAAUGCAGGGAAAGCUAAACCAAACACAGCAGAUUUCGAAUCGUGAUUAAAUUCCAUUGCAUUCUAUUUCAACCCUCCCAACAAAUACACUGCGUUUCUCUUAGGACUUCACCUUCCAGUUCCAUUGAGUCAGGCAAGCCCCUACUAUCUGACAUAAAAUAAACUUGGUCUGUACUUAAAAACAUCUGUUCAUACUAACUUUAUAGUUUUUGGAAUUCUGUUCUGUUUGCCAUAACCCUGUCUUAGACAAACAAGGCUUAUUAGGACUUAAUAAAACAAAACCAAACAAAAAAGGGUAUAAAGACCAACAGAAAACUGAAAUAAAUAACAGGACAAUAGCAUUAAAUUGUCUAACCCCUGAUAAAUAAACUUGUAAAUACAGUAAGAUGUACAAAAAUAUCACAUAGUGAUAGGAAGCUGCUAUUUAUUUUAAAAAAGAGUUCACUGCAAGUACUGAACUCUGUGUUCCAUUUAAACACAUUGUUUCUACAGUCUUCAAUAAUCUGAUAAGACAGUUUAAAGCAAUUGUUAAAAAUAGCAUCCGUAAGUAAGGACUAGCUGAGAUCCUCUCAGAAUGAAGGAGGACAGUGUGGUUACAUAGCAGUGGGUCAGUGAGAUCAAUAUAAGCAGGGCAUUGUAAAUAAAAACCUCUUUUUCUUUAUUUCUUUUUUUUUUUUU